AUGAACGUCCGAGACCAACCAUAAACAGCAACAUGUACACACCCCUCUCCAAUUUCUAGGGUUUUGCUCGCGAGAAAGAUAAAAAAAUCUCGAUUUCUCACGAGAGAGAUUCAAAUUGAGCAAUGGAAGGCCCAAUUAACGGCGGCAUGUUGUAUCACGAAGUUCAAGAAUCGAAGCUCUGCGCUGUACAUUGUGUAAACACAGUUCUACAAGGCCCUUUCUUUUCGGAAUUCGAUUUGGCGGCUCUCGCUUCCGAUCUCGAUCGCACGGAGCGGCAGAUGAUGCUCGGAGGAGCUCAGAGUGACGCGUUUGUGGCGGAAGAGUCGCAUAAUGUGUCGCUCGAUGGCGAUUUUAGUAUUCAGGUUUUACAAAAAGCUUUGGAAGUGUGGGAUCUGCAAGUAAUUCCUCUCAACAGCCCUGUGGCCGAACCUGCUCAGAUUGACCCAGAGCUUGAGAAGGCAUUUAUUUGUCAUUUACAAGACCAUUGGUUUUGUAUCAGGAAAGUGAACGGAGAGUGGUACAAUUUUGAUAGUCUCUAUGCAGCGCCAGAGCAUCUUUCCAAGUUUUACCUUUCAGCCUAUCUUGAUUCUUUAAAAGGCUUUGGCUGGAGUAUAUUUUUAGUGAGGGGAAAUUUCCCAAAGGAGUGUCCCAUUUCAUCCUCAGAGGCUUCUAAUGUUUUUGGGCAGUGGUUAUUACCCGAAGAUGCGGAGAGAAUAAUAAAAUCCUGCAACACUGCACAAAGAACGCCUGACAGAACUACUCGAGUCCAGCAGCAACAGGAUCAGUUUCCUCAAUACGGAGCAGAAUCACCCUCAGAUGCAGAGGACGAAGAUCUAAAAGCUGCAAUAGCCGCAAGCUUGAUGGAUUCCUUGCCUGCAACAGUUGCUCCCAAAGCGGAAACUGGUGCCUCCGAGACGGAAAAUAAGGACACCGUGGAGAAAAAGCAUGAUGACUGAGUUACCAGUCCGAAUUUUAAUUCUAGAUGAAAAGGUUUAAACAGGGAAUUCUUGCAGAUGUUACUAUUCAAGAAUGUCAUCUAUUCGUUUUGGUUUGAUCAAUUCUUAAGUUCUCCUGUGAAAUCCUUCACUUGGCUUUGAUUUUUGCUGAAAACUGUUUAUUAUUGUAAACCUGAAUGCAUGAAUACAUCAUUCUGAGUGUAUGAUACCGAAA